UUUUCCCAACGUCACGUAUAAAGUGCAGCUCGGGAUGUUGGAGUAGCCGCUUCUCCACCUUUCCGUCAACGCAGCAACACAAGAAAGGAACCCCCACAGACAGCGAGGAAAUGCGUCCGCCUGUCCUUCUCACCCUGCUCGGCCUGAGCUUCGGGCUGGUUGCUGGAUUUCCCACCCAGGAGCCAGAAGGUGGAAAGCACUGGGUUCUGAUCGUGGCCGGAUCCAACGGCUGGUACAACUACAGACACCAGGCCGAUGCGUGCCAUGCCUACCAGAUUGUCCACAAGAAUGGCAUCCCAGAUGAGCAGAUUGUGGUUAUGAUGUACGAUGACUUGGCUCAAAAUGAAGAUAAUCCCACCCCCGGGAUUGUGAUCAACAGACCCAACGGCACUGAUGUGUACAAGGGAGUUCCGAAAGACUACACCGGGGACGAUGUGACUCCAGAAAACUUCCUGGCAGUGCUGAAGGGCGACUCCUCAAAAGUUAAAGGUGGCUCUGGAAAAGUGUUGAAGAGCGGUCCUAAUGACUAUGUGUUUGUGUACUUCACCGACCACGGAGCGCCUGGCAUUCUGGCCUUCCCUAAUGAUGAUCUCCAAGUUAAAGACCUCCAAGACGCUAUUACAUACAUGCACGAAAAUAAGAAAUACAAAAAGAUGGUGUUUUACAUUGAAGCAUGUGAGUCCGGGUCAAUGAUGAACCACCUGCCCGCUGACAUUGACGUUUACGCCACCACAGCAGCCAACGCUCACGAGUCCUCGUACGCCUGCUACUAUGACGAGAAGAGGGACACCUACCUGGGUGACUGGUACAGCGUCAACUGGAUGGAGGACUCCGAUAUGGAGGACCUGACCAAGGAAACUUUGCUGAAGCAGUUCAAGAUUGUGAAGAGCCACACAAACACCAGCCACGUCCAGCAGUACGGAAACAAGACUUUGGCCCACAUGAAAGUCAUCGCCUUCCAGGGGAACCCCUCUAAAUACACCCCACCAUCUCCUUCCAUGAACCUGCCACCCAUCACAAAUCCGGACCUGACCCCGAGCCCCGACGUUCCUCUGGCCAUCCUCAAGAGGAAGCUGAUGAUCUCCAACGAUAUCAGAGUGGCCAGAGGCCUGCUGAUGGAGAUCAACACUCACCUCAGGAUCAGGGAGGUGAUGGCCGAGACGAUGCGCCAAGUGGUGGAGAAGGUGACGGGCAAUAAGUGGAAGGCCGAGGAGAUCCUCAACGAAAGAGCCGAGCUCUCCCAGCAUCGGUGCUACACGGCAGCUAACAAGCACUUCAAAUACAACUGCUUCAACUGGCACAAAACUGAGCAUGAAUACGCUCUGAGGCAUCUGUACGCUCUGGUCAACCUGUGUGAGAGGGGAUACCCUGCAGACAGCAUCCAGCAGGCCAUGGACUCCGUUUGUCACCUCAACUACUAAAAGGUUUUCCUACGAAACCGUUAAAGCCUCCGAUCAACCCGCUUCUUCUGGAAGGAGCCGAGAAAUCCGAGCUUCUCGCUGCACCGCAUAAGAAUCAAUCUGACGUGGAGUCAUCGGCGUUAUCGUCUUAUGAACACACUAUAACACUUCUUUUUUUAAACUCGUUCUGUGAUUUUACUGAGAAUUUUUAUGCGUGUUUUAUCAUGAGUUGCACUAUCACUGUGAAGACUUUGUGGAUGACGUUUUACUGCUUCUGAUUUUGUUUGAUAUAUAAUAUAAGACAAUAAUAACACAGAAUUGAUGUGGAAUUGUUUCUGCUCUCAGCUUUAAUCGUGGUGUCGACGCCUGGCCUGAGUGUUUAAUCGGCAUGUAACGGUCGAACCACAAAACUAUGAAUGUCAUUGAAAUUGAACCUCGAGAGACUUCGGGGAUCUUCAAAUAAAAUCUGACAAAACGAAA